UCCGGGCAUCGAGACCGCACAGCUGCCGCCGAAUUUAAAGAGAUAAGGAAUAGUUGUUUAAAAUAACACCUCUUGGUACCGUUGUCCAUAACCGUUUGAUUUAAGAGUGCAAAAUCGUGUAGGUGCAUACCAGUUGUUGGCUUUGAGUCACAGCGAGUUUUGUUUUCUCUUAUAGUUGGUGGAGAUCUUUUUUUCUGUUGCUGGCUAGCGCGCUAGCUAGCCAGCCACCCAAUGAGUAAAUGAUGGAAGCUAGCAUUAGCGAUACGUAACGCUACCUAGCUUGCCACCCGACGAAAAACUGAUUUGUCGACCGCUUUAUAUGUACAUAAAGCGUCAAAAGAGCCUGGAAAGCAGUCGAAUACUAUCUCAGUAGCAACCUACUGAACACAAUGGCUAAAAUUCAGGCACACAGCAACACGAAGCAAAUAAACCAAAUUCAGGACAAAGCCUAUGUUGUACAAAAACAAGUACAACAGCAGCACUUUCAAAAACUGAAGGUCGAAGAUGCCUUGUCAUAUCUGGAUCAAGUCAAAAUCCGGUUCGGAAACGAGCCGGGUAUAUAUAACAAAUUUCUGGACAUCAUGAAAGAAUUCAAGUCUCAAAGCAUCGACACCCCGGGAGUAAUAAACCGAGUGUCUCAGCUGUUCCACGGCCACCCAGACCUGGUGCUGGGCUUCAACGCCUUCCUGCCUCCCGGAUAUCGAAUAGAGAUCCCCAAGAAUGGCAUGGUGUUCCUGCAGUCCCCAUACUCUGCACAGAGUCCUCAGGGGCAGAGCAAGACUCUCGUUGGCACGACAGCAGCAGCAGCAGGAGGAGGAGGUGCAGGGGGGGGUGCAGGAUCGUCUGGAGUGCGUUCCUCCUCCUCAUCGUCCGCGGCCGGGGGCGAAGGUGGUCCCUCUUCAGCGGCUGGCGGCAGUGGAGAGCCAAUGGCGUCGCCCGAUAUCGUCUCUUCUCUGCCCGCUAUCUCGGGGGCUGCUGGGGGGCCCUCGGAGUCUUCGACCUCGUCGCGCCUCUCCUUGCCCCUCCCCCUCCCUGGCCGAGACGGUGCUGGCUCCGCCCACAGCGCCGCCGCCCAGCCAUCGGCUGGCUCCUCCCCCAACUCGGAGCCGAGCCCUGUGGAGUUUGAUAGCGCCAUCAGCUACGUCAACAAGAUCAAGAACCGUUUCCUGGACCACCCCGAGACGUACAGGAGCUUCCUGGAGAUACUGCACACCUACCAGAAAGAGCAGCUUGAGAUCAAGGAGAGUCGUGGGCGUGGUAGUGGGGUGAUGACGGAGGACGAGGUGUUCUCCAAGGUGGCCAGCCUCUUCAAGGGCCAGGAGGACCUGCUGGCAGAGUUCGGACAGUUCCUCCCCGACGCCAAGAGAUCCCUGUUCACCAGUAGCCCCCUGGCGGGCAAGGAGCACCUGAAGAAGGCGGAGGAGGAGGAGCUGAACAGGCAGAGCAAGAAGCGGCCCAGACCCAUGCUACUGCCACACAUGACACCGCUACUGAAGAAGAAGAUGAAGUUCUCCUGUGCCAAAGACCAGUCCUUCGCCUCCGUGGGGAAGCACGGAGUUCUCCGAGAGUUCUCCUUUUUCGACAAGGUGCGGCGCCUUUUCAAGAGUCAGGAGGUGUAUGAGAACUUCCUGCGCUGCAUUGCCCUCUUCAACCAGGAGGUGGUGUCUGCCGCCGAGCUGCUGCAGCUGGUCACCCCCUUCCUGGGGAAGUUCCCGGAGCUGUACUCGCAGUUCAAGUCGUUCCUGGGUGAGAAGGAGCUGUCCCAGGCGGCCGGGCUGUCGGGCCUGUCUGAGCGCUACAUGGAGGGCGGAGGGGGCCGAGAGGUGGACUACGCAUCCUGCAAACGCCUGGGAUCCAGCUACAGAGCUCUGCCCAAGACAUACCAGCAGCCCAAAUGCAGCGGACGCACCGCCAUCUGCAAAGAGGUGCUGAAUGACACCUGGGUGUCUUUCCCGUCCUGGUCGGAGGACUCCACCUUCGUCAGCUCCAAGAAGACGCCAUACGAGGAACAGCUCCACCGCUGCGAGGACGAGAGGUUUGAGUUGGAUGUGGUGUUGGAGACCAACCUGGCCACCAUCCGCGUGCUGGAGAGUGUCCAGAAGAAGCUGUCGCGCAUGUCACCUGAGGACCAGGAGCGAUUCCGAUUGGACGAUUGUCUGGGCGGCACCUCUGAGGUCAUCCAGCGUCGCGCUGUCUACCGUAUCUAUGGCGACAAGGCGCCCGAGAUCAUCGAGGGGCUGAAGAGGAGCCCGGCCACCGCUGUACCUGUGGUGCUCAAGAGGUUGAAGGCUAAGGAGGAUGAGUGGCGUGAGGCCCAGCAGGGCUUCAAUAAGAUCUGGCGUGAGCAGUAUGAGAAGGCCUACCUCAAGUCGCUCGACCACCAGGGGGUUAACUUCAAACAGAACGACAUGAAGGCCCUGCGCUCCAAGAGCCUACUCAACGAGAUCGAGAGUAUAUACGAUGAGCGUCAGGAGCAGAGUACGGAGGAGGGUGGCGUGGGUCAUCAGCGUGACGGCAGCGGUGGCAGCUCCGCCUCCCCCAGCGAGCCGCACAUGGUCUUCAGCUACGAAGACAAACAGAUCCUGGAGGACGCGGCUGCCCUCAUCAUCUACCACGUCAAGAGGCAGCCCACCAUCCACAAGGACGACAAGGACCACAUCAAACGCAUCAUGCAGCACUUCGUUCCUGACCUGUUCUUCGCGCGCCGCGGUGAGCUCAGCGAGACUGAGGACUGGACGGAUGAGGAGAACGAGGCCGAGGAGGCCGGAGGAGAGAGAGGAGGAGGAGGAGAGCGGGGAGGCAACACGGGAGGAGUCACUCCUACUACCCCCAGCACCACAGGAGGAGCGCCAGGAGCUGGAGGAGGAGGAGGAGAGCCAGGAGGAGUAGGAGGAGGUCCAGGAGGAGCUCAGCAGCAGCAGCAGCAGCCUCCUCAGCUCCCGUCACAACAGCCAGCGCAGCAGCUGAACGGAGACUCGCGGAGACGCCGCUGCACCUCCCCGCCCAGCUCCACCCCCACCUCCGACACCCCCACGGGGGGCACCACCCCGACCCAGCACACACCCCUGUCGGGCCCAGCAGGGCACCCCACCACGAGCAACAGCAGCAGCAGUGGUCCAGGAGGAGAGACCAGCAGCACUGGAGGAACCUCCACCACCACCACGGCCCCAGGAGGUGCGUUAACCAGAGGUGCAUCGUCGGGGGAGAAGCUGGACCUGCGCGACCCGGAGGCGGAGCAUCAGAAGGAGCUGGACGGCGUCUACAACCUGCUCUUCGUCAACAACAACUGGUACUUCUUCCUGCGUCUGCACCAGACGUUGUGUGCGCGGCUGCUGCGGGUCUACAGGCAAGCGGAGAGGCAGCUACUUGACCACCGCGCCGAGCAGAGUCACCAGCGCCUCCUGAUGGCCGAGGGGUGGAGGGACAAGCCCAGCGACCUCGCCAUGGAGCUGCGGCUCAAGCAGCCAAGUGAGGUGGAGCUUGAGGAGUACUACCCGGCGUUCCUGGACAUGGUGCGCAGCCUGCUGGAUGGCAACCUGGAGUCCACGCAGUACGAGGACACGCUAAGGGAGAUGUUCACCAUCCACGCCUACAUCGGCUUCACCAUAGACAAACUCAUACAGAACAUCGUCAGACAGCUCCAGCACCUGGUGAGCGACGAGGUGUGUCUGCAGGUGGCGGAGCUGUACCUGGGGGAGCGUAAGAGGGGCGCGGCGGGGGGCAACCUCUCCUCACAGUGCGUACGUGCAGCAUGGGAGACCAGCUACCAGUGGAGGGCAGAGAGGGUCAUGGCAGAGGAGAACUGCUUCAAGGUGAUGUUUAUCCAGAAUAAGGGCGAGGUGACCCUGACUAUCGAGCUGCUGGACACGGAGGAGGCCCAGGCUGACGACCCCCUAGACGUCCAGAGCCUGUCCAGCUACAUGGAGCAGCUGGUGGGCAACGACACCUCACUAUGCCCACAGAGCGAGGGAUACUUCAAACCUGUAUUCCUGCCCAGGAACUUGCGCCACUUCCGGCUGUGGCAGGUGCGUCAGGUGGAGGCCAUGCGUUGUCGUCGGGAGUGGCAUCGCCAGCUGGGCGUGGAGAGCGCGGGCAGCCUGGACUGCCGAUUCAAACUCAACACACACAAGAUGGUGUUCGUCAUGAACUCAGAAGACUACAUGUACCGACGCGGAGCACUCGUCAAGGCUAGGAAGUCUCAGCAGCGGGUGGCGCUGGCACAGCGUGAACGCUUCAGGCGAUGGCAGCAGGGCUGGCUGGGGGAGCACGUGAGCGCGGCGGGGGAGCGCGGCGUGCAGCAGUGGCUUCUGGGAGAGCAGGCGGAGGACAUGCUGCCCUGCAAGACCACCUGCACCGCCACACACCUCAAAGGCCUGGCCGUCAACCGCUACCAAGUGGCCUACAGCAGCAAGCCACCCGCGUCACCCUGAGGACAGAGGACAACACCACGGCACACACACACACACACACACACACACACACACACACACACACACACACACACACACACACACACACACACACACACACACACACACCUCAAGGGGCAGGCCGUCAACCGCUACCAAGCGGCCUACAGCAGCAACAAACCACCCGCAUCACCCUGAGGACAAUGCCCUGCCACUGCACACCACACACACACACACACACACACACACACGCACACGCACACGCACACGCACACACACACACACACACACACACACACACACACACACACACACCUCAAAGGCCUGGCUGUCAACUGCUACCAAGUGGCCUACAGCAGCAAACCACCCGCAUCACCCUGAGGACAGAGGACAACACCACACCACACCAUGGCCUGCCCUGCCCUGCCCUGUCCUGUCUGGAUCAUAGUGUGUAUGUAUGUAUGUAUGAGAAAGUCUGUCUGUCUGUCUGUCUGUCUGUCUGUCUGUCUGUCUGUCUGUCUGUCUGUCUGUGUGUCUGUGUGUCUGUCUGUCUGUGUGUGUGUGAGAGAGAGAGAGAGAUAAUGUUUGUGUGUUUGUGUUUGUGAGUUUUGUUUGUGUGUCCGACAGAGGUCUGGGUUGACCUUUGUCACCCCUUCCCCACCUCCACCACCCCUUCACCCAUCUCCGGGUGACUGCUCUCCAAGGGACUGAUCCACAGCCUGGAGACACACACACACACACACACACACACAGACUGACCAUUGUGGAGGACUCCCAGCUUGGCUGCCUCGUUGGUCUCUACUGGUCCACCACCACCACCACCAGUACUGCCCACAGAGCCCAUGACCGCUUUGGUGGGGCCCAGGACAGAGUCAUCUGAAAGACCCCCCCCCCCC